UUUCUGCUUCUACUUCUCGUAGCUGCUGCUUCACUCUUUCUCUUUACAGGAAGUUGUAGAAGUUUUCAGACGUGUCGCUGCUGGAUGUGAGGAUGGGACCCACUUUGCUCUGUGAGCUGGGCCUAUUCUUGCUCUGUACGCUCCUCUGCACUGGACACGCUCAAGAUGCUGUGUUAACUAUUGAACCCAACUGGUCCAGUUUUUUCAUUGGAGAGUUUGUUACCUUCAUGUGUGACAUGAAUGAAGGAGCAGACACUGACUGGGAAUACAAACUCAACAAGGAUGGUCGAGAAUUUGUCCCCUACAACACACACAAAUACUACAGAUUACAAAUUACAUCUACAGGUCACAGUGGUGAAUAUCAGUGUUCUGGUCACAGGAAGAGUUCAAGUUAUACAAAGCGCAGUAACACUGUCUCUGUAACUGUAUCAGAUAAACGCAGGGCCACACUGACAGCAGGAACAACAAUCAUACCAGUAGGGGGCAGUGUGACACUGACCUGCUCUGUGGGGAGAUCUGCUGAGUGGAAAUAUGAGUGGUUCAGACGCACCCAAAGAACCACUGAAGUUCAAAUCAGAAGAGAUGAUCAACCAAACAGAGUUAUCAGAGUAUCUCAAGGAGGAAUCUACAGCUGCAGAGUAAGAAGAGGAAACUCAGUUUACUACACUUAUAAAAGUGAUGAAGUCAGCAUUGAGAUAACCUUUUCCAAUAAAGUUGCUGUAAAACAACAACAACACAACUGGCCUCAGAUAUUCAGCAGUGAGACGAUCACUCUGACAUGUGAGGUGCAGGAAGGAGGUGAACCCACUGAGUGGGAGUAUCAAUGGAGAGGACCCAGGCAAACCACACAGUGGACACACAAUAAUUCUUUGACAUUCAGAGUUUCUGAGUCCAGCAGUGGAGACUACAUGUGUAAGAGUCGACGCAGAAAUGACUCAUAUUCUUCAACAGAGUGGAGUGAAGCCUUCACACUGUCAGUAACAACAUAUAAACCCAGGGCCACACUGACUGCAGGAACAACAAUCAUACCAGUAGGGGGCAGUGUGACACUGACCUGCUCUGUGGGGAGAUCUGCUGAGUGGAAAUAUGAGUGGUUCAGACGCACCCAAAGAACCACUGAAGUUCAAAUCAGAAGAGAUGAUCAACCAAACAGAGUUAUCAGAGUAUCUCAAGGAGGAAUCUACAGAUGCAGAGGAGGAAGAGGAAACCCAGUUUACUACACUGAUAUAAGUGCUGAAGUCAUCAUUGAGAUAACCUUUUCCAAUAAAGUUGCUGUAAAACAACAACACAACUGGCCUCAGAUAUUCAGCGGUGAGACGAUCACUCUGACAUGUGAGGUGCAGGAAGGAGGUGAACCCACUGAGUGGGAGUAUGGAUGGAGAGGACCCAGGAAAACCACACAGUGGACACACAAUAAUUAUCUGACAUUCAGAGUUUCUGAGUCCAGCAGUGGAGACUACAUGUGUAAGAGUCGACGCAGAGAUGACUCAUAUUCUUCAACAGAGUGGAGUGAAGCCUUCACACUGUCAGUAACAAGUAAGUCAUGUUUCUCUUCAUGGCUGAUUGUUGGACUGGUUUGUGGAGUCUCUCUCCUCAUUAUUCUCCUGCUCUUGUUGUAUCGCUGCAGAACGACCAACAGUCCUGCUAAUGAGCAGACGGUGAAUCAGGAUGAACAUCAGCAGCAAGUGUACUCCUCUCUUCUUCAUGGUGAUCGUUGUGUCUAUGAGACAAUCAGAGGCUCUGAAAACACUGAAAAUGGUCCACCUGAAGGUGAUUACACCAAUGUCACAUCUGUGAUUCAGCUCAAAGUCAUUAACAAGACGAGACAACGUGGUGACCCAGAGGAGAGCUCUGACUACUAUAAUGUGAAUCCAAAUUCAGCCACAGCUCUAAAAUCUUAACAGCAGCUCUUUAGCUGUUUUUAUCUUUUUCUCUUUAAAGGAACUUAAAAACUUGACGUCACUUUGAGUGAAAAGGAGCAGAUUUUUCAUUCAAAGCAAUGAUCCUGAUAGCCUGAGUUUAUAUUUCCUUCAGAAAGAAUCCCUCAGUGUGUUUCAGUCGUUUAUCUUCCUUUAAAUCAGAGGAGUCCAAACUAUGGCUCACGGGCCAAACAUGGCCCAUGCUCAGAUUUUUUUAUGGCCCAUGCAUCUUGUCCAUACAUGUUAUUUUUGGCCCACCGGCCCAAGCAAUGAAUUCAACUCAGCAUGUAAUUCCAAAAAGUGAUUUUUGGAAAGUGCCAAUAAAAAACAAAAAACGAUGUAUUUAAACUGGUGUAAAUGACUUUUUGGCUCCAAUCUGUCAAACAUAUCUGUCAUUCUGUAAUUUCCCUAUUGUGGGAUCAAUAAAGUAUCAUCAUCGUCAUCAUGAAUGAUAUCAAUUCAUUCUGAGUGAGAACAAAUCCUGUCACAGGUAGAAGCUGCAAUUACAUUUUGGCAAAGCAGCUUUUAUGUAUUUUUUAUUUAUCAGGAAAAAUUUAAUUUUUUUCAUAGAGAUCUGGUCAAGGGGGCAGCAGAAGUUACAACACAUAUAAAAUCACGGUUCUAUAAAGAUAGUUGAAGAGGACAAAAAGGAGCAGCUUGAUUAUAAUGUAGCUACAGUAACACAGUCAUAAAGAUGCUUGCAAAAUGGGUCAUUUCUUUAUUUUAUUCAUAAGGCCUUCAUAAAUUCUCUUGACUACAGUCUAAUUAAUAAAUUUAAGCAGAGAUGUUAUACAUCAAAAACAUAAAAACAUCACUUUUUGGCACAACACCAGCAGCUGGAUAAGAUCAAGUUUCCAGAGAUGAACAUUUGCAUAGAAAAUGUUCGUCUUGUUUGGCUCCACAUGUUUGUGAAUGCAGAUUUUCUCUGUUCUGAACUUAAAGAAGAACUGCUUGAGAUCCAGACUGAGUGACUCCACCUACGUGACAUUUUACACACAUCUACCACUGCUCUGGAGUCAGACCUGCGCUGUGUACCUGUGUGUCCUUCACAGUAGUGUCAGUAUCUUACCUGUUGCUCUGUUAUCAGGAUUACACAGCAGUUUUUUACAGUUUCUGUAUGUUUUAAAUUUCAGUUGGUAAUUCAGAGCUUUAUGCUCUACAUUUGGUUACUUCAUGUUUGUUUGCUGAAUGGAAAUGAAAGUAUUAAAUAACACUAUUUAUAA